CCAAGUUUAUAUUUUUCCAAUGCAAUCAGUUAUGACAAUAUGGCGGUUACGCCUUAUAUUAUGUACUUGUCCGAUUUAAAUUAAGACACACAAUUUAAAAACAGAGUUGCAGUUAUUUGCAUUCAUUGUUCGUAUAAACGACUAUUAAGAAGAUUAUUUUUUUUAUUAAUAAAAACUUGUGUUUCCAAAUUUUCCUCAGCAACUUCACUAUGGUACCAAAAAUCGACCGCUAAAAGGAAACGGAAGAAAAUUUAAGAGCAUUUUUUUCAUAAUUAUUUUCAAGUUUUUAAUCUUAAACAAUUUAUCUUUUUUAUUAUAAAAUAUAAAUUUUUUAAUAAAAUUUAACAAUCUUAAAUAAUUUAUGUAUAUUGGAAAAAAAAAUUCUUGGAAUUUUUGAAAAAAAAUUUAAAAUAUCAAUUAAUAAAUAUUCUAAAUACCACGAUUCUAAUAAAAUAAUUGAAAAAAAAAAUUUAAUGAAAUAACAAAAAUAAAAAUUAAAAUUGAAUUGCAAGAUUUAAAGUAUUGCAAUUAAAAGAUAACAAAAUAAGACAAAUGCCUUAAAGUUUAAACAUUCAACUGAUAAAAGAUGAUAUCAUUGUAUACAAAAACUAAAUUACAUCAUAUAUUAAAUGAUGCUGUUCAUAAGAUUUCUAGCAAAUAUUUCAGACAUGAUUAACAUAAAAGUCUGUCAUUUAUAAGAAUUUAACUUGUUCUAAAAUUGUGCAGUGUAAUCACACAAAUAUUACAAGCUACAUGAAAAGUAUUCUUUAUAUAAUUUCUACAGUUGAAAAUUUUGAAAUAUAUGUUAUAUAUUGUAUAUUAUUGGUAUAAAGACAUUAAGUAAAACGGUGAAAAAUUAACUAUAGACAUGAUAAACAAUCAACAUUGUGUUAUUCUUAAUUCCGGAGAGACCAACAGCUAUCAUCAGCCGGUCUCUGCAAAACCAUCUGUUGUUUCUGUAUCAAGUAUUGAUUCUGAUGUGAGUGACAGAAGAGAUGUACGUGAAGAACUUUAUGCUGGAAUUUUUAGAAGACAUAGAAAGACCAUACUUGUAUUAGGCAGUUUUCUCAAAAUGUUAAGGAGAUACUUGGAUAAAUUGCAUGUUCUAAACCGAGUAUAUGCCUUAAUUGCUUUACAAUUUGAAAUUAUUAUACAACAAAAAUUUUGGUGAAAUGAAUUUUAAUUAUUGUAAUAUAUUUGUUUAUAAAAAUUUUGAGUUAGUUUGAAUAAAUGCUUUUAAGAAUUUAUGAAGAAUUU